UGGUGAUGGUUAAGUCAGCUGUACUAUUUCAGACGGUAUUUAAAUCAGAAUAACCCAGAAUGAGACUUACAGUCGUUCUGCUAAAGGAUAGCAGUAAGUAUGUGAAGCGUUAUUUAGGGAGAAUAAUGCAAGAUUCCCUAAGCAACAAAACAUGGAAGCCACAUACUGGAUGGGUUAAUGUUCCUAAAGAAGUAAAAAGUUCGAAAUGGUAUUAUUCUGAGUUUCCUGUAUGGACUGAACAAGCAAGAAUGGUAUACCAGCGAAAGACGAGGACACCCCCAAUUCAACCCAUUAAACAGUGGAAUAUAUUUAUGGAUGAUUUGGUGGAAGUUCUGGUGGGUAAGGACAAAGGGAAACAAGGACAUGUGAUAAAAAUUAUUAAGGAAAGGAACUGGUGUUUUGUACGAGGCUUACAUGUGGAGCACAAAUAUGAACCAGGCGAUUCAACAACUCACCCCGGGACAUGUGAAUGUAAAGAGAAACCCCUCCUGGUGACCACAGAAGUGGCUUUAGUUGACCCCUCCGAUAGAAAACCAACAGAAUUUGAAUGGCGGUUCACAGAGGAAGGAGAAAAGGUGCGAGUAUCGAAAAGAACGGGUAGAAUCAUUCCCAUUCCCCUGGAUGAACAAGAUAUUCUUGUACUUGAAAGAGGUGCUCGGAAAAGCAACUAUAAAAAGGGUAAUAGAGAUACAGCUGAAUCAGAUGUUGUUGAGAUAACAUUUGAACCAAAACUGGUCUCAUUUGAACAAGACAUUAUGGAAUCUAUGGGUAUCAAGGACGAACAGAAUCCAAAUGAACCACAGACUUAUUGGUAUUAGAAAAUCCUCUGUUAAAUGAAUACCCAGGAAAGAUGCCAUCAGACUUAUUGGUAUUAGAAAAUCUUCUAUUAAAUGAAUACCCAGGAAAGAUGCCAUCAGACUUAUCGGUAUUAGAAAAUCCUCUGUUAAAUGAAUACCCAGGAAAGAUGCCAUCAGACUUUUCAGUAUUAGAAAAUCUUCUAUUAAAUGAAUACCCAGGAAAGAUGCCAUCAGACUUAUCGGUAUUAGAAAAUCCUCUGUUAAAUGAAUACCCAGGAAAGAUGCCAUCAGACUUUUCAGUAUUAGAAAAUCUUCUAUUAAAUGAAUACCCAGGAAAGAUGCCAUCAGACUUAUCGGUAUUAGAAAAUCCUCUGUUAAAUGAAUACCCAGGAAAGAUGCCAUCAGACUUUUCAGUAUUAGAAAAUCCUGUUGAAUGAAUACCUGGGAAAAGUGCCCUCAGACUUAGUCAGUCUGACACUAGAUAUCUGUUCAGCAGAGUAAUUUACUAAGGUGUGUAUAACAUGUUCAGUGCUGGAAGAUACACUACUAGCUAACUCAAUCUCUUUCAGAUUUUGAAGGAUUGUACUUCUUUUAGAGUCAUGAAAGGCUGAGGAGAUAUGUCUGUUUAAGUCAUGAACAUUAAAUGGACUUCACUUAUGUGUGAGAGUGCUAAUUUGUGAUAUGUAAAUGAUGUAUGAGAAUAUUUGUAAAGAAGAAAAUAAAAAAUUCAUCAAGUA